AUUUGAUUUUGGAAAAUGGUCGAUCUCGACUGGAAAACGAAGGUGGUUUCCUCCGAAAUGGCCAGUACUGCACCCAAACUGUCUAACUCACCAAGAGUUUCAAUUCCAUCUCCGAUUCGCGCUGCCGACGUUUUACUUUCACCUGCUUCCUCCUCUUUGUGCUCCGCUUACGAGCAAUACCUUCGUCUCCCAGAGCUCUCGAAGCUCUGGACCUCCAGAGACUUUCCCAACUGGAACAACGAACCACUUGUCAAACCGGCGUUGCAAGCCCUGGAAAUCACGUUUCGCCUUAUCUCGGUGGUCCAAGCUGAUCCACGACCGUACGCAAAUGGCCAUGAGUGGAGGCGCCGCCUCGAAUCACUUGCUUCGAACCAGAUCGAGCUCAUCGCUCUAUUAUUUGAGGAAGGAGAAGAGGCCGCCGACACACGUGGAACUGUUCCGAUCGCCAAUCUUAGCACAUCCAACGGUGUUUUGGCCAGAGAUGGGAGCUCUACCGAGGUUUGGAAGAUUCACGGAGAAACAACCGUUGUCAGUCGGACCAGCGAGGGGAGCUUGCUCCCUCGCCUUGCCACGUGGCAGAAAUCGGAGGACAUGGCUUCGAAGAUCCUCUUCUCCAUCGAGUGCGCAUUGCGGAGAUGCCCCUUCACGUUGGGUUUGGGCGAGCCCAACCUCGCCGGCAAACCUCUGCUCGAAUACGACCUCAUCUGUAGACCGUCCGAUCUCCAUUCUCUGAAGAAAAAUCCAUUCGAUUCUGAUCACAGAAAUCUCAGCAACUACGAGAACCAGGCGCUCUUCACCACUCAUCAGAUAUUGGAAUCGUGGAUCCGCGCGUCUCGGGAGCUUCACGCACGAAUCGGAGAAAGGAUUGAUGGCCAAAAUUUUGAAAAAGCAGGGAGAGAUUGCUGGGUACUGGAGCGAAUAUGGAAGCUUCUCGCAGAGAUCGAAGAUCUCCACCUUAUGAUGGACCCGGACGAUUUUCUCCGCUUAAAGAGUCAACUCGCGAUUAAAGCUUCAUCGGAAUCCGAAGCGUUCUGCUUUAGAUCCAAGGGACUGAUCGAAAUCACAAGAGCAUCAAAGAAUCUGAAGCACAAGGUCCCAGCAAUCUUAGGCGUGGAGGUGGACCCAAAAGGAGGGCCGAGGAUUCAAGAAGCAGCCAUGAAGCUCUACCAUGCCCACUCAAGUGGAGAUUUGGGAAAAAUUCACCUACUACAGGCGUUGCAGGCAAUCGAAUCGGUUUUGAAGAAAUUCUUCUUCUCGUAUCGACAGCUUAUCAUGAUAGUGAUGGGAAGCUUGGAAGUGAAAGGGAACAGAGGUGUGGUCUCUGCAGAAUCUAGCGAUGCUUUGACGCAGAUCUUCUUGGAACCCACAUAUUUCCCGAGUUUGGAUGCGGCAAAGACGUUUCUGGGUGAUUUCUGGCAUUACAAUCCCAACAUCUUAACUUCAAAUGGAUCUAAUGGCAGAUCAGUUGGGAUGAAACAUUGA